AUGGCUGAACCGAAUGCCGCACAGAUACGUCAGCAGAUUAAGCAGCUAGAGCAAGAACAUGGCGAGCUAAAGACACAAUUGGCCAUUGUCAGAAUCAGCGAGCCGAUCUUCUCCCCAGACACAGACAGGUCCCCUUCGAAACGCAACUCAGAUGUCUCCACGGUAGACAGUCCGUCACCGGCAUCCCUCGAGGCGGACUUGUCGCACUACAAGGAGUUAUUUUCCAAGCUGCGCUUCUCGUACGUCGAACAAGUGACAAAAGAGAAAUUUCUGCGCGCGAUUGUGGGUGAUCCGCCCCUGGUUGUUGGUCAUAACGAGAAUGUGGAAUUGGAAGCGCAGUUGGCAGAGGUAAAAGCGGAGCUGAAGGCGCGUAAAGAGGAGGUCAGACUGAUGGUGGAGGAGAUGGAGAAGAUGGCUAGGGAUCUAGCAACUCGGUACAACAAUGUCCAGCUGCAGAUGACUCAACUCGCUACACUCCCUGAAUCUAUCGAAAACCUUGAAUCAACCAUCGCCGCGCUACGGGCGAAACAAAUCGCCAAUUCAGAAACCUCGUCAUCGCAAAACCUCCCGCUCCCUGCGACAUUGUCUCUCCUCGCGAAACGCGAAGCUGAACUCGCUGCGCUCAACCGACAAAUCGCUGCUGCGCAAAAUACUCUACCACGGAAGACCCGGGAGGCUGAAACUAUGGAGCGAGAGUUAGGUAUACUGGAGCGGCGCAAGUCAGAAGCAAUAAUGCAAGCCCGAGAGGCGCAGAGAAAAAAGCAGGAGGGCGAAAGCGACGGCCUCGAGGAAGCAGGGAGGUGGUAUAGGAGUGCGGAAGAAGCACUCAAGAAACUGUUGGGAGUACAAGGUUAGUUAUGACGG